AUGAUUGUCCCAUUCCUUUCCCUUCUAACAGGCGCUUGCCUUUGUUCUCUUCCCCAGGCUGUUCAAGAGGUCAUCAAUCAAGUCUUGGAGAAGCUGGAAGAAAGCCAAGUCCCAGUGACUGAUUACGCCCUCAGAUCAUCAGGGGCUGCUGUCAUUCCCGAAUGCACAAGUCCAUCCUUCCGGAAUAGGGCAGAAAAAGUCAUCUUGUAUUCCCUGCCACUGGUGGAUUAUGUGAGAUCUCCUGAGCUUAUUCUUGAGAAGGAAAAUCAUCUAGGAAACUGCUGGCCCUUCCACGGAAGUCAGGGACACGUCCUCAUCAAGCUCUCUGUGCCAGUCAUUCCCAGAGCAGUCACCAUGGACCAUGUCUCAGGGCCAGAGCUCCAUGGAGACAGUAUGUCCAGUGCUCCAAAGGACUUUGCUGUCUACGGGGUGACGGAAGAAAAGGAGGAGCAGUUCCUGGGACAGUUUGUUUUCCUGGCACCACUGAAUCCCACCCAGACCUUUCGGCUAAAGAACGAGCUCUCCGGGUUUGUGAAUUACAUCCUGCUGCAAGUGCUGAGCAACUGGGGCCACCCGGACUACACCUGCGUGUAUCGGUUCAGGGUGCACGGUGAUCCUCUCAGCGAGGAGGGGAAGGUGCCACUUCGAUCUGACAACAAAGCUCCUUGAUUGUCAUUGAGUGUUUUGCCUGUGA